AUGGUGGAGGAUCAGCCAAGUGUCCCGGAAAGUUCCGACAAAACGUCACAAAAACACAAGGAAGUCGAUACGCGAGAUGUCGAUUCGCCACGUAGAUACCAAUCGGCGAACACCGACGAGGAGGAGCGCGGUUUAACUCUGUGGUGUGCGAAGUGCCACAGGGCGAAGAAGAAGAAAUGUCGCGAACUCGAGCUGGGAAAGUCGACGAGACGGCUUCUCAAGCGAAUAAAGAAGCGAAGUAAGGAGGAGUGCGAGAAACCCGACGACGAGGCGGUCGCCGGUGUAUCAACGGCGCCGCAUCGAGAAUCGAUAAGCCGUCGAAGUGCCCCGGAGAAAUCCAAGAGAAGUCGUAAACAAGACGCGGUGGAAAUGGCCGAUAAGGACGUUACCGAGAAAACCAAGAAGGUGCGGAGGGCGAGCAGGAGGGACGAGGAGGAAGCGCGAAAGAGGCGCAAGGAGGAGAGGAAGAAGAGGAGAGAAAAGCGUGAGCGCGAGGAGCGAAUUCCGCGCGUCGUGGACGCGCAACCGGCAGCGCCGACGGAAAUCCUGAAGAGUUGCUGUUACCUGUGCGCGCAGAACACGCUGGCGAUCGCUGGCGCGGCGGCCGGGUUCAAACCGGAGCAGUCCGACAAGUGCAUCCAAGUUUCCGCCCAUAAAUUUCACGAGGCGACGUCCGCGCUCGAUAAAAGCUGCAGCGCGAUCGUGCUGGUGCGCACGGUGCAAUCGUCCGUCAAGGUGAAGACGCGCGAGAUCAGCACACUGUGCCCCGGCAUGAGCGUGCGGCGCAAGGAUACCGAGCCGAAGACGAAGCGCAAGAAGUUGAGCGUAUUCCCGAGGCUGACGUGGACGAAGUGUCCGGCGAGACGACACGUUGCCUGCGAGACCGAUAAGUCCGCCAAGCGCGAUAACGCGGAAAAACGCGAGCGACCGAAGUACGAGAAAUGUUGUGACCGCAAGAAGAACGCCUGA